CCCCUUCAAAUCAUUAGAUUCAGGUAUUACAAUCAUCUCCAUGGCCACAGGUGUUGUAUAAAAUCAAGCACCUAGGCAUGCAGACUGCUUCUACAAACAUUUGUAAAAGAAUGGGAUGCUCUCAGGAGCUCAGUGCAUUCAAGCGUGGUACCGUGACAGGUUGCCACCUGUGCAAUAAGUCCAUCCGUGAAAUUUCCUUGCUACUAAAUGUUCCACAGUCAAAUGUUAGUGGUAUUAUAACAAAGUGGAAGCAACUGGGAACAACAGCAACUCGAGCAUGCCACCACUGGACUCCAGAGCAGUGGAGACGUGUUCUCUGGAGUGAUGAAUUGCACUUCUUUGUCUGGCAAUCCGAUGGACGUGUCUGGGUUUGGUGGUUGCCAGGAAAACAGUACUUGCUUGAC